AUGGGACACUUCAAGCCCGAUUGCCCAAAAUUGGUUAAGCCAGUUGAUAACAAAGUCAAACGUGCUGAAGGAAUAAAUAAGAAGAAUGCAAGAGCCUUUCAGCUGACAACUCAAGAAGCAGAUCUGAUUCCAGAUGUGAAAGCUGGAACAUCAGAAGAGCCCAAUAGUAACACCCAACAACUCUAUAACAAGGAGAAGGAGUACAGGAGGAAGAGUGAGCGGAAAGAGAAUAGGAAGAAGAGCGGAACAUUAGAAGAGCCCAGUAGUAACACCCAAGAACACUAUAACGACAAGGAGAAGGAGUACAGGAGGAAGAGUGAGCGGAAAGAGAACAGGAAGAAGAACGGUAAUGGCGGCAAGAAACAAAAGAGGUGCAAGGAGGAAUAUGAAGAGUGGGGUGAGGAGGAGGAGGAUUAA